AAGGAGAAAUUUACCUUAAGAUUACAUUUGUAAGAACGUCAAAAUGGCUUGGCGUUUCAAAGCAUCUAAAUACAAAAAUGCAGCUCCUAUUGUGCCUAAACCAGAAGCUUGUAUUCGAGAUAUAUCAGUUGGAUCCUAUCAAACCUAUGGCAACAACAUUACUGCAUCUGCUGCUUUCAUGGCAUUUAAUGUAGAUCAUAAUGGAUCUAAUCUGGCUGUGUUACCUUUAGAAGAUUGCGGUAGAAAGAGUAAAACUAUGCCUUUACUUCAUGCUCAUGCAGAUACAGUGACAGAUAUGGAUUUUUCACCCUUUCAUGAUGGUCUAUUGGCCACUGGAUCCCAAGAUUGCCUUGUCAAGCUGUGGUAUAUUCCAGAAACUGGUUUAGAAGAAUCUUUGUGCAAUCCUGAAUGUACAUUCUCCCAUCGUCAGAGAAGAGUUGAAGCAGUAUGUUGGCACCCUACAGCUGAACACCUUCUGACAACAGUGUCUUACACAAACUUGUCUUUAUGGGAUGUGAUUUCACAACAAGAAUUAUUCUCCAAUAACGAACACACAGAAGUCAUUCAGUCUUUGAGUUGGAAACAAGAUGGCAUACUCUUAGCAACAUCCUGCAAAGAUAAACAAGUGAGGAUUAUGGAUCCCCGUGCCUCCACUUGUAUUGUGAAUUCUUGCUCAAGUCACCAAAGUAUUAAAGAUUCUAGAAUUGUUUGGUUAAACAAUAGCGAUAGGAUACUAACCACAGGGUUUGACGCGGCGAGACUUAGACAAGUUUACAUAAGGGACUUGAGACACUUGAGCGAACCUGUGAAGACCUUAGAAUUGGACUGUAGUACUGGAAUUUUAAUGCCUCUCUUUGAUCCUGACACGAACAUGCUUUUCCUUGCUGGAAAAGGGGACACUACUAUUAUGUACAUGGAAGUCAUGGAUAAGGAUCCAUUCUUGGUCGAAGGAAUUCGCCAUAGUGGAGAGCAAACUAAAGGUGUAUGUUUAGUGCCAAAACGAGCACUGAACGUUAUGCAAGCAGAAGUUAAUAGAUUAUUGCAGCUCACUUCGAAUAUGGUGAUACCUAUCAUGUAUCAGGUUCCACGAAAAACAUACAGAGACUUCCAUGCAGAUAUAUACCCUGAUACAACAGGUUGUAUUGCACAAAACAAUGCAGCAGCUUGGAUAAAAGGCCAUAAUAUGCCUGUUCCAAAGAUAUCCCUAGAUCCCACCAAAAGGAAUAAGGGAGAAGAAUCCAUUACUAUACACAAGGGAAACUUAACCACUCUGAAAGAGAAUGAGCGAGAAAUAAAAGUGGAACCACAGAAACAACCAAAGCCCAUGUCCAUUACCCUACCUAAGGGCUAUGCAAAAGGUCAGGGAGUGAACGAGAAGGAAUCAACGCCUGAAAAUGAAGUGGAGAAGAUAGAAGAACCUAAGAGAGUGGAAGGUGAAGAGGAUAAACCCAGGGUUCAAAAUGGAGGACAAACUAUCCCACCGAAGCCUUUGCCAAGAGCAUCAAGAACUAAUAGUAUUUCCGAGGAUGAACCGAAGCCAGUCGCACGGCCACGUUCAUCGCCGAAUCCGGGCUCAGUAGUUACAUCUGUGAAUCCUAAUGCGAUUGGGGGAUAUAAGCCUCGACUUGGACCAAAGCCGUUCCAAGCAAAAUCGGGUAACCAAGAGUUCUCGUUCGACAAGAUCUUCUCGGUGCCUAUUGCACCCAGCAGUGACACUAAUGGUUAUCAGAAUGACAUAAAUAGUCAGAUAGAAAAUAACGCGGAAUCCGAGAAGUCCCCGUCCUUCAAUAAUGAGCGCAUUAAGGAAACAGAGAAUGGAAAAAGCGACUCCAGUUCGUUGGAAGAAGAUGCGAAUUCUAGUGAUUCAGGCUACAAGCCAAAAACACCGAGCACUGCAGAAAGACGUAAAGUGUUCGAAAUCAAAGUUAAGGAUGUCUCGCCUGAGAGUGAAGAGCCAGGAAAUUUCGAACGUGGAAAUGCCAAUAGGAACUCCAUUGCUGAACGGCGGCGAUUAUAUGAAAGUCGUUCCGUUUCCGUAACUGACGGUAACUUGGCAGAAAAGGCAAUGGGUUCUCCAACAAUGCUAAGGCGUAGAGAAUCCUUCAAGACCAAGAGCGACGUGAUUAAAGAAGAUGAAGUGAAGAAAGCCAUUCCGAUGUUGCGUCAACAGAGCAUGGAUCCUAGAUUGGAAAAAGACAACGCGACAGCGACUGCUAAAAGGACAUCAACCGUAUUUGGUAGAGUAUCAAAGUUUAGACACUUGAAAGGCACACCUGGGCACAAGACUACGCAUAUUGAAAACAUAAGGAAUAUUAGUAGGCAGAUAUCCGGGGAAUGCGAUGGCUUUCACGCCAAUCCUGACCGUGUGGCUGUACCAUUAAGUGGACCAGGUGGAAAGAUAGCAGUUUUGGAACUGAAAAAAACCGGAAGACUGCCUGAUGGUGUGAUGCCAGCAUUGGUGCACGGCACAACUGUAAUGGAUUUCCAGUGGAAUCCAUUCAACAAUCAGCGACUUGCAGUUGCCUGUGACGAUGGAAUGAUUCGACUGUGGGAGAUUCCAGAGUCUGGACUGUCAGAACCGACGAAUGAACCAAAGAAUAUAAUAAAAGCUCAUACCGACAAAAUAUAUUUAAUUAAAUUUCAUCCAUUGGCAUCGGACGUUCUAGCGUCAGCGUCCUAUGACAUGACUGUAAAAAUUUGGGAUUUGUCCUUGCUUUCGUCGUGCGAGACGGCAGUUGCAAAAGUAAUAUUGACUGGGCACACUGAUCAGAUUUUCAGUUUAGCAUGGUCCCCUUGUGGACAAUAUCUGGCAAGUACGUGCAAAGAUGGGAAAUUCCGAAUGUAUAAACCAAGAUCUACGGAUGCACCAGUUAAGUCUGGAAAAGGACCAGUUGGUACACGAGGUGCACGAGUGGUUUGGGCAUUAAAAGGACAAUUUCUGGUUGUGAUGGGUUUCGACAAAGUAUCCGAGAGACAGAUAUACGUAUUUAAAACAGACAAUCUUAAUAAUCCAUUAACCACAGUUGGGUUAGACGUGUCGCCUGCUAUUUUAAUGCCAUACUACGAUGAAGAUAGCUCAACCCUUUUCUUAACGGGACGCGGUGACUCUACAAUAUAUGCUUUCGAAGUGACUGAAGAACCUCCCUACUGCUGUCCUCUCAGUCAUCAUCGAUGUAGUAGUUUACACCAAGGAUUGUCUUUCCUUCCUAAAAACAAGUGUGACGUUGCUAGUGUAGAAUUCGCGUCUGCUUUAAGAUUGACAAACAACACAAUAGAACCUUUAAGUUUCACUGUACCUCGUAUAAAGAGUGAACUUUUCCAAGAUGAUUUAUUUCCACCAACGAAAGUUACAUGGAAACCAACCAUGACGGCUAUUGAAUGGUUUAAUGGGGCCAACAAACAAGCUUAUAGAAUAAGUCUAAAGCCACCAGGAAUGGACAACUUAACUGAAAAUCAAGGUCAAGGAGUGGUAACUGCACCAGUUUCAGCAAAACAUUCUCAAACAACCACAUUCUCUGUAUCUUCACAACCCUUUACCAGACUUGGAUGGAAUCCUGAUGUGAAAGCCAAACAAGAAGAGAUCCAAAAAACUAUGAGCAACUUUGUGGGCGAUGUAAUACAGUGCUCAUUGGAACAAGAUCACAUGGAAGGUGUGGAGGAGCACGAAUGGGAUGAGUGAAGAUGGCGCAGCGGGG